UACAUGUUUACAUUAUACGUACCUAGAUAAAAACUUGCUCCUAAUCGUACGUACACCUACACUUAAAUAGCUUUAAGUCUAUCAGCACAAGUAUAUUAAUACACAUACGCAUCGCUAUACAUUCAUAUACACAUAUAUAAAUAUGUACAAACAUACAUACACAUAUACUGGAAAGCAAACAUCAGUAUUGACUCACAUAUAUAUUAAUACAAGCUAACAUCUUGGAAUACAAAAGGAUUAAGGUAAUAACAAUAAUGAUGAUAAUAUAAAAAGAUUAAUAAAUAUAUAAAUGAUGAAGUCUUAAAAAUAUAACAUGUCUUGACAAAUUAGUGGUAUCCAGGGUUUCGGAAUAUCCGAUAGAAAAUGCUGCGUGGAGAAGUCAGAUCGGGAAUUAAUUAAGAACACAAAACAAUAUCCACGAAUCCACGACGUACGAGCCCGGAAGACGACGUCAACUAUUUCACCGAUAUGUCUCAAGUAUGGUAACUAUAACUAUGUUAACGACAAGCAUUUAUCAAAAGUGGAGUAUGGUUUCAUUAAAACCGCCAUUAGUAGGUUCGACAUGAAAAUAAACAAGAUUCGAAAAGACAAUGUUUCGAACUUCACCACGGCGGUAGUUAACGUAGUUAACAGGAUGGCAUCUCUUAAAUAGAAAACCGACGUUUCUCCGAGAAACAUGAAUUGUUUUCGAUUAAAAACAUAUUGUUUCUAGAGACAGCCAAGCUGUUUCUAGACCGCUAGGUAUUCUUUAAUGAUGGAAAUGAAUUCGCUGAGUAAGAACAAUUACCCUGGAGUUAAGCUUGACACACAACACCUGCAUGAACAUAUACUUCAGAACUCGAGUGUAUUCUAUAUAGAUACCUCUGGGCAAAGCAACAUAGUGAGUUCGUCCUCAAUGACCGAAACUUACAAAUCAUAUCUUAGUUGCACAGAAGCUCAAAAGCAAUAUAGUUGCGGCGUACUGAUCACGAUUAUUCUCGGUACACUAUGGGUUGGUUUCACCCAGUUUUCCAAGAAUACCUACACAGAGUCUUUCACAGCUCCAUUGAUCGUCGUGUAUUUCCACACGUCUUGGCUGGUGGUUUUCUAUCCAGUUUAUAUCACAGUCGUUUUCAUUGUAGCCCGUGGUUCUAUACAGCUGAAGCAGUUAUACAGUGAAAACUUCAAGAUUUACAAGGAAGAAACGAAGCUGGUACGUUUUUCAGUGAGGACAUGUGCCUUUUGUUUUAUUUGGGCAAUCAGUAACUACAGCUACAUUCGGGCGCUUCAGCUUCUCGAUUCUGUGGACGUCAUAGCGCUCUACUCAACCAAUCAGAGUUUUGUCUACAUGUUGUCAUGGAUUAUAUUAUUCGAAAAAUUCAUCGCUAUAAGAAUACUGGCUAUCAUAUUCUCCAUUACAGGAAUCGUCUUAUUCGCUUAUGCUGAUGGUUUUGGCACUUCCAAUAUGUGGGGGGUUGUACUGGCCGUCGUAUCGGCUUCUGCUGCUGCUGUCUAUAAAAUUUUCUGUAAAAAGUUCAUUGGGGAAGUUAAUUUUGGAAAGAUUUCACUAUUCUUGUCUUUAGUAGGUUUGACGAAUCUUCUAGUACUCUGGCCAUUCGUCCUCUUGUUUUACUUCACUAAAACCGAGUUCGUUGACUGGUUUGAUCUACCUUGGACGCCACUCUGUGCUUCGGCUGUCUUCACCACAGCACACCAACUGGUAUUUAAUUAUUCAGGAGUCUUCACAAUCACCUUCUUCAUAGAAACAGCUCUUCUAUUUGGCAUUCCUCUGGGUGCAAUUGCUGACAUUGUAUGGAGAAAUAGCCAUUUUUCAGGAAUGAAAAUAUCUGCAUUGGUUUUAAUCGAAGUUGGACUUUUGCUUACCAUCUUACCAGAAGGUUGGCAUCAUCACGUUAUGCGUGGUUUUAGAUUCGUCAAAGAAUUAGUAUCAAAGCCGCCACCUGAAGAAGAUAUCCCGCCUCAGACUUCAAGAUUCGAAUGGAGAAAUUCGAUCAAUUGAUUCUUCUCAAAGGACAUUGUAGUAUUUUAUACAAAAACAACGGUGACACUGGGCACAAGAUUUAUUGUGCGUUCAUUUAUACAAGAUAUCGUUUGUUUCUUAUUCUUCUCCUCUGUAUCGCAUGUUUGACUCGGUAUUGCCUGACGAUGAAAGCAUGUUUACUACAUCCUCUUCACAAAGCUCGUGGAAAAUCUACGAGAAAGUUCUGUUUGUAUCACCUCAUAAUGGAUACUGUGGAUGAAAACGUCUGACAAUCACAACACUACUAAAGAAUUUAGAACUCAAUUCACAAACGCAAUGUGCAUUUAAAUCUCAUUAAAUUGUAUAAGGUGAAUUUUUUUCACUCAAAUUCAAACUCAAAUGUGUAUAUAGAACAAGCCCUCACUCUGCUGUGUGUGUAUGUGUGUGUGUUUUAAUAACUUUAGGACGUAAUCUAUUACACCGCUAAACUUAGUGGCUUUUUAAGUAAUGUGCUCGUGGAUAGUUAAUGAGUUUGGUGUGAUACUGAAGAAGGAGCAAGUACUCCUGAAAUAUGCAUAUACACCUAAUACCUCUUUCCCUAUCUUCGAUCGUAUUGUUUACUUAGACGUAUUCGUAUACGAAACGUCAUAACUUUCAGUGCUGGCUCUAAGUUCUAUAGAAUAUCUGUGGAGAUAAUUUAGAAGUGAUUCAAUCGCACUGCUAACACAAAAACGUAGGACACAGUAUUGACUUCUAAAUCUUUAAUACUCUUAGUAGUAUAUAAUGGUUGUUAAACGAAAUACCGUACGACUACCAGCAACUGAUAUAUAUAUAUAUAUAUAUAUAUAUAUAUAUAUAUAUAUAUAUAUAUACCUACAUAUACAUUGGCACACACACACACACAAGCAUACACAAUAUAUAAAGUUGUAUAGGUUUGAACAGGGGAGUAUCAGAGAGUUAAUCAGCGAUUGUAGACCUGGAAAAAGGAUGCUAUUCACAUGUUUGCUCUGUUUGUAU